AUGAUACUUGUCAUAAUCGGCUGUAUUGUGUGCGUCGAUCUCGCAAGAUCUCAGUUCACAAUACCACCUCGAGUUCAAGUAACUCCACGUUGUGGGUCGCAACUCAUUACGAUUGAAGUGAAAUUCAAUCCGAAUUACUAUCCAGACGGAAAAUUCACUGACUGGAUCGUUGUUGGCGUUUCAGGCCGACCAGAAUGUCGUCUACGUGGAAAUGGCGAAACCCAAUAUGUAAUAGAAAUCGCUGUUUUCAAUGAUCCAUGUCUUACUCAAAUGCCAGCUCCUGGUGUGUUUCAAAAUCGCAUACGAAUCGGUCAAAAUCCGGCUGUGAUUCUUCAAGGAGAUCAAACGCUGACUGUAAAAUGUGUAUACGGCCUACCAGAAGUCGAAACACUACCGCUACCAGUUAUCAGCCCUAAUUUUAAUAUUGAAAAUGGCGCCACAUCGUCUGCUGGCUUGCCGUUUGGUGCUAUUAUACCCACCAGCCAUACUCUCACUGGCACACAUUCCCAACCACAACCGGGCGCUGGCGCCGGUAGGACGGGAUCUUCUACGCUAGGGAUUUCGGACACUUCUCAGAAUGUAGACAAUCUUGCCAAUAUUGACACUUCCAAUCUUAGUGCUCAGUUGGAAGAACUGCUCAAGCGACAAAAUGUGAACACUAUUUCCAGACAGGGAGGAGCUCACAAUAGUCAUCUGACGGAUUUGUUGGAUAGUCGGCAUACGCGUCCGAACGCGAUCAUCCCCCAGUUACCGUCACGCAUCACAGAUCGAAUCGGAACGGAGGGAUCGAAGAAUGUAAACGAUAUUAGUGAUAUUCAAGUGGAUGGCCGAUCCGCAGAUUUGCCUCCAAGAACAACGGUCGCGGUGACUACGGUAGAAGGUGCUGGUUCCGGUGCCCAACAACGUGGUCGCGCUAGCCCAUCGAAUUUCUCCGUCUGGUUGCUACCAAUUCUACUCGGAGCUGUUAUAUUAGCGCUGUGCUUCCUUUGUUGUCUUUAUAUCUGCCUGAGGAGACAUCACGAGGCUAAGCAAAACCGGUCACGACUUCUUGUCGGUAUACCAGCAGGGACAACGACUAAUAAGACUGGCGCUCAACAUCUUUGGUGGGGAAGUCGAGAAGCGAAUAGAAACGAUCGGGUUAACUUCCCGUCUGAAGGUCACACCAAUUCGGCUGCCGUUUCACCCUCAGAAUCGCAGGAGACGUCUUCAACGGCACAGGCGACACGCAGUGCCUCUUCGGCCCCAUCGGCGAAACCUCGCGGAAUAUUCAAGAAAAAUUCAGGAAGAAAUGUGGAUAGCCGUGAGGAUCACACUCAGAAUGUGCGUGACGUCUAUUCAACGUCAAGAGAUGGCAGCAGUGGUUCACACUAUGCCUCGUCAGGAUUUUAUGGAAGAAAACAGUUUGAGGCAGAAACUCCCAGCAGGCAGGCUAGCUCUAAUAAGGCCGACUACCUGAGCACGUUAGAUGGUGCCAGUUCCAGCGGGAUGAAUUUGAGGUCGAAUCUCGAAGAGUACGUGCAACGAACACAUUCCCAGCGAAACAGUCAGCGCAGUCAGUAUGCUUCACGUUUGGAGUUCAACGACACGGACAUCUUUAGCGAGCGUGGUGUCGACGUUGGUAGCACUGAAGCUAACGUUCAACCUAUGCUUCCGAAAAGCUACUCAGAAUGGCGGCAUUGCCUGAUCGCUGGAUCCCCAGUGAAUAGGAGUGGCAGUCUCAAGGUCACUUCAAUGGAACAAGAAGCUGGUCGCCCAGAAGAUUCCGGAAUAUCCUCUUACAGAUCUAUAACAGAGAUAUAUCAUGCAGCUGAAACAGCUGAGCAGGGUAAACCCGAGGAAUCUCGUAAAGGAGAACUUAUUGUUGAACAUCGUGAUGUGUCCUCGGUUGAAGUGCUUGAAAAAUGUGUUCUACCAAUUCGAGGAUUUGGCGCGCGAAAGUUGACCGAGCAAGAACUAGGUCGAUGGCGGCAAUUGCUUGUGAGAGAUGCGACAUUCAGGCGUCAGUUGAUGAUGACGACUAGUAUUCAAGAACUAGACGACAUCUCACAACAACCCGAAUACCGUAAUCUAUUCACACGUGAGAAAUGGGCGCAGAUUAUGCAAUGUGUACAUAAUGCGCUCAAUCAGACUACUGCUCCAUUGCUCGAGAAUGCGACGUCCAACACUCAACUAAAUGUCUACAUUGGUAAUACUACUGCUCCAUUGCUCGAGAAUGCGACGUCCAACACUCAACUAAAUGUCUACAUUGGUAAUGUAGGGUCCGACUGGUGA